AUGGUAACAGCAUUACAUCUAAAGGAGAAAGACAAAUACCAGAUGAUUUCACCCAUAAAGAACCCAUCCCACUGGCGCGGGUCGCCUCAGUUCACUACAAAAAAAAAAAAAAAAAAAGCAGCCCUCAACAGCACCGCCCACUUCUGGCGCGAGGCGGGCCGCGAUUGGCUGCAGAGCAAAGUCCCGCCUCCCCGCCUGCGCAGGCGCAAUGCGCGCCGGCGCGCGCUCCCUUCAGAGGAGAGAAGCCGGGGGGCUGCGGCGCCGCGUGUCCCGAGCCGCCAAGCUGGAGGUGGAACUGGGAGCCGUGGGGGGCGAGGCCCCGGCUGCGGACCGGCGGCUCGGGCCGAGCCCGGAGAAGGGGUCCCGGCGCGGCGAGCGGGGCGAGGGCCGGCUGCGCUGGGACUAAGUAUUGCUAUACUGGGGCCCACAUUUCAAGAUUUAGCAAAAAACGUGAACCGCAACAUCAGCAGUCUCUCUUUGGUUUUUGUGGGCCGAGCCUCUGGAUAUUUGGGUGGCUCUGUGAUUGGAGGAGUUCUUUUUGACACUAUGAAUCACUUUCUACUUUUGGGAGUCUCAAUGUUGGCUACCACAGCUGGUCUUUAUUUUGUUCCAUUUUGUAAAACUGCAGUCUUGCUGAUUAUUAUGGUUUCCAUCUUUGGUGUUUCAAUGGGCAUUCUGGAUACAGGUGGAAACGUCCUGAUCCUGGCUCUUUGGGGGGAGAAAGGAGCCCCACACAUGCAGGCCUUACACUUCAGUUUUGCCUUUGGUGCCUUUGUGGCUCCACUGCUGGCCAAGUUGGCACUGGGCACAACAGUGUCUGCCAAAAAUCACACAGAAGCCAACUUGAACCAUUCUGCCCUUAGCCAUUCAUCUGGAGCUGACUCUGGUUCUCUUCUGGAAGUGCCAGAUGAUCUGAAUUUGUUAUUGACCUACACUGUUAUUGGGACUUACAUUUGUGUAGUUUCUUUCUCCUUUUUUGCCUUGUUUUUCAAGGAAAAUGCAAAACGGGGAAAGGUAAAAGCAUCUGCUCAGAGAUCUCGAAGAGCUAAGUAUCAUGUUGCUCUUCUUUGUCUUCUGUUCAUCUUUUUCUUCUUUUAUGUUGGAGCUGAAGUCACAUACGGUUCUUAUGUUUUCUCAUUUGCUACAACUUAUGCUGGCAUGACAGAAAGUGAAGCAGCUGGGUUGAACUCCAUCUUCUGGGCCACCUUUGCAGCCUUCAGGGGUCUGGCCAUCUUUUUUGCUACAUGUUUACAACCUGGGACCAUGAUUGUGUUGAGCAACAUUGGCUGCCUAACUUCUUCUAUAUUUCUCGUACUUUUCAACAAGAACCGAAUCUGUCUCUGGAUAGCCACUUCAGUCUAUGGGGCCUCAAUGGCGACCACUUUUCCCAGUGGUGUUUCUUGGAUUGAGCAGCACACAACCAUCCAUGGGAAAUCUGCAGCAUUUUUUGUAGUUGGUGCUGCCCUAGGAGAAAUGGCUAUUCCUGCAGUCGUUGGAAUUCUUCAAGGAGAAUACCCAGAUUUGCCGGUGGUUUUGUAUACCUGUUUGGCAGCAGCAGUAGCCACUGCUGUUUUAUUCCCUGUGAUGUACAGCCUUGCAUCAGUCAAGAACAGAAGCAUGUCGGGAAGAGUUAGAAAGCUUUCUAGCACUGGGCUGAAUGACUAUGAGGAUGCCAAAGAUGAAGAAUGUGUGGAAAAAUGGAAUGAAAUGACUUGUGAAGUACCUAAAUACUUGAGUAUAAGCCGACCCCCCCCCCCCAAAUUUUACCCUAAAAACUGGGGAAGCUUAGUAACUUGAAUAUAAGCUGAGGUGGAAAAUGUAGCAGCCACUGGUAAAUUUUAAAAAUAAAAAAUAUAUUAUUUUAGAUCACAGACCCAAAACAAUUACAAUAAUUGAGGAAUCAGUACUACGUUAAAUGUUUUUCAGUAUU